AUUUAAUAAACCGGGUGGAUUUGAUGAAUCUGAUAAAUAUAAUGAAAAAUUACAAAUAAUUAGUGAAUUUAUGGCAGCUGAUACGAGAAUCCCAGAGAUUUCAGUAAAUUUGAAAGAAUAUUCUGAUACCUUAUAUCGAUAUGCGAGUAAAUUUAUUAAUACACGUGAAAUUGCGCAACAAUAUAAAAAAAGAAACAGCAAACUUGACAUAUAUGGUUCUUUUCCUAUUGCUAGUGCUGAAAUUCCACAUACUGGUGCAUUUAUUGUGAGGCGAGUAACAAUACAGGAGCUAAUCAUAAAAGUUGACGA